GUCAUACAGCUACCAGACACCUGCCAAGAUGGUCACACAGACGCGUCUCCCGCUACUGCUGGUGGUUGUGCUGGCCACUGUGGCUUCCUCCACUUGUCCAAGCGACUGGUUGCAGGGGGAGGAUGUGUGUAUGUGGGUGAGUAGCAACAAGACGAAAUGGUACAUUGCCUGGGAAGUAUGCAGGAAUAUGGACAGCCACUUGGGUUUCAUCGAGUCUCAACAGGAAAAUGACUUUGUGGAAGGAGUGUUGGUGGCGCUCAACAAGUCGGAGGUGUGGAGCGGCCUCAGUGACCUCAAGGUGGAGGGUUCCUUCGUGUGGUGGGACGAAGAGGCUGUCACCUAUACCAAUUUCGCAGACGGAGAGCCUAGUGCGAAUGGUCACACAGGGAACGACACCGAUGAAUACGCUGACCAAGACUGUGUGGCACUGAAGCACUCUAACAAUUUCAAGUGGAGCGAUGAAUACUGCUUCGAAGACUUUUAUUACUUCUGUCGUAUGGAUCCCAGUGAGGAGUAAUGGUCGACGAUUCUACCUGCCUGCCUUCAUGGAUGACUCUCUCUAAACGCUCGACUGGUGGAUGGUAGACGAUGUGAACCACUACAAAAAGUACCGAGAGGAUGUGAACCACUACAUCAUGCACCUAGAGGAUGUGAACCACUACAACAAGCACCUAGAGGAUGUGAACCACUACAUCAAACACCUAGAGGAUGUGAACCAUUACAAAAAGUACCUAGAGGAUGUGAACCACUACAAAAAGUACCGAGAGGAUGUGAACCACUACAUCAUGUACCUAGAGGAUGUGAACCACUACAACAAGCACCUAUAGGAUGUGAACCACUACAUCAAGCACCUAGAGGAUGUGAACCACUACAUGCACCUGGAGGAUGUGAACCACUACAUCAUGCACCUGGAGGAUGUGAACCACUACAACAUGCACCUAGAGGAUGUGAACCACUACAUCAUGCACCUAGAGGAUGUGAACCACUACAUCAUGCACCUAGAGGAUGUGAACCACUACAACUUGCACCCAGAGGAUGUGAACUACUACAGCAUGCACCUAGAGGAUGUGAACCACUACAUCAUGCACCUAGAGGAUGUGAACCACUACAACAUGCACCUAGAGGAUGUGAACCACUAUAACAUGCACCUAGAGGAUGUGAACCACUACAUCAUGCACCUAGAGGAUGUGAACCACUAUAUCAUGCACCUAGAGGAUGUGAACCACUACAUCAUGCACCUAGAGGAUGUGAACCACUACAUCAUGCACCUAGAGGAUGUGAACCACUACAUCAUGCACCUAGAGGAUGUGAACCACUACAACAUGCACCUAGAGGAUGUGAACCACUACAUGCACCUAGAGGAUGUGAACCACUACAUCAUGCACCUAGAGGAUGUGAACCACUACAUCAUGCACCUAGAAGAUGUGAACCACUACAACUUGCACCUAGAAUAUGUGAACCACUACAACUUGCACCUAGAGGAUGUGAACCACUACAACAAGCACCUAGAGGAUGUGAACCACUACAACAUGCACCUAGAGGAUGUGAACCACUACAACAUGCACCUAGAGGAUGUGAACCACUACAACAUGCACCUAGAGGAUGUGAACCACCACAACAUGCACCUAGAGGAUGUGAACCACUACAACAUGCACCUAGAGGAUGUGAACCACUACAACAUGCACCUAGAGGAUGUGAACCACUACAACACGCACCUAGAGGAUGUGAACCACUACAUCAUGCACCUAGAGGAUGUGAACCACUACAUCAUGCACCUAGAGGAUGUGAACCACUUCAUCGAGUACAGUACAGGAUGUGAACCAGUAUAUAAUGCACUGACAUUUACGUAAAUUACAUAUAAAAUUAUAUUGAUAAAAGUGAGAAGAAGAAAAAGAAAGAUAAUGGAGAAAAGAUAAAGAGCAAAAAAGAAAAAGAAACGAAGAAAGAAUAUGAAAAAGAAGAGAAGGAAGGAGAAGCAACUGAAAAUUUCCUAUAAUAAAACAAAAACUCUUAUACAAAUGAAUAUUUCCAUAAAAAAUAUAUUGUAUAACUCUGUACAACUAUAUAACUAUACAGCGAAACCUCUAUUAACGGACUAUAUGAUGAUGCAAGUCCGUUAUAUCCAAGGUCCUUUAGAUGUAAAACCUCCAUAUAACGGAUUACAUGGAGAGAGAAGUAGUCCGUUAUAUAAAUGUGUCCAACUGAAAUUAAAAAAAAACAUUGCGUGACUAUUACGGUAAUUGAUAUGAAUAUUUGUAAACUAUUUAAUAAUUACAUAGAUAAAUAAAAUGUAUUAGAGAAUGGAAA